AUGGCCGUGGGGGAUGCAGUGCUGCCUCACCCAAGGUUGCAUUUUGACUCCUUGUCCAAGCCACUGAGCGUCCCUCUGACGCCUGCCCCUGGGCCAUCCGCCUUCCUGCCCUUCGGCCCUCCUCCUCCCGCCCCCCCUGCUCUCCUGGGCUGCUGUGGGACGCCUGUCUUCUCCUUGGCCGAGGUGCAGCAGGAACUGCACAUGCUGCAGAAGCAGCUGGGAGAAAGGGGACCUCUUGCCGCACCACCAGUCAAACCAAUGCCACUGGCCAGCAACUUCAGGGAAGCCAGCACCUCCCGCUGUCUCCACGUUCCCCAUCUCACCCCACAGUCUUGCCCGCUGCAGAGCUCCACCCGGCUGGACAGGAAAGCAGGGGCUGCCUUCCUGGAGAGCAACUCCCUCUGGGCCCAGCCUCACAUGGGGGCCCUCUAUGGGCACUUACCCUCUGGGUAUCCAGACAGCCACAAGCUGACGGGUGCUGACUUGCUGGAAGGACACCUGGUGGAGAUCCGCAGCCUGCGCCAGCGCCUGGAGGAGUCCAUCUGCAUCAACGACCGGCUGCGGGAGCAGCUGGAGAAACGCCUCGCCACCACCGCCAAGGGCAAUGGGUAUCCCACCAACAUCUACAUCCAGGGGCUGGAGUCCGCAUCCUCACUGAGCAGCGAGACCCGAGCCCUGCGGGAGGAGAACCAGAGCCUGCAGCUCCAGUUCGCUCACCUCUCCAGAGAGCUGGAGCGGCUGCGUGAGGCCACGCGCUGUAGGCUGAAGGAGGCCGAGGCGGAGAACCGGACACUCACACAGGAGCUGGCAGAGCAGCGGCAGAGCAGCCGUCAGCUGCGGGAGGAGCGGCUGGCUCUCCAGGAGAACAACCACAGGCUGGAGCGCACGGUGCCGCUCCUUCAGCAGCAGUGCGAGGAGAACCAGCGGCUCUGCCAAGCCCUCUGCACCGAGCUGCGCGUCCACGAGACCCUUUCCGGUUCCUCCCAGGUGGCUCCCUCGGCCUGCAGCGGAGAUGCACAUCGCAGACCACCUUCCAGCAGUGAGCUGGACGCCCUCCUGGCAGAGGUGCGAACUCUGCGCAGGCAGCUGCUGCGUGGCAUCCAAGUGAACAGCGCCCUGAGGCAGCAGCUGGCACGGCAGCAGCCGGAGCGAAGCGCUGCCCCCCUCCUCGCCGCACACCAGGCUACGCCCGACUGGCAGCCCUUCCAAGACUCCAGCCCAUCUCCUCCAGUUCGGGAUGUUGGCAUGAGCUCCCCAGCUCCCCUCUCCCCGCCCGCCCUGCUCAGCGUUCCGGUCCCGCUCGCCCACCGAAUGAAAGAGCCACCCGUGGACAACCCCCUGGUGAGGAGGAGUGCCCCUGCGCCAGCGGGAGAUGCCCCAAGCAGUUCGUCUGCCAGCAAAGGCGGGUGCCAGGUCAUUGGCCACGUGGAUGACUAUUAUACCCUGAAGCAGCAGAUCCUGGAGGGCAAAACGCUGGUCCACCAGAUGGCCUCUCACCUGCGGCCAGCUCUAGCCAUGCCCAGCCUGGAGCCCCAUGGCACUGAGGCCCUGGAGCGGGGCAGUGUCCGGCAGCUCCUGAGCGCCACAAGUGCCCUGCAUCAGCUCCUGGAGCAGUGCGCCUCCCUGCUCGCCACCUUCUGGAGAGGAGCCCUGCCAGCGGCCCCCAGCCCAGCCCAGCCCCAGACUGCGGAGCAGGCAAUGAAGGACGAGCUCCUGGCGCUCAGGGCCAGGUUAGCUGAGCAGGAGAAUCUGCUCCAAAGUGCAGCUGAGCGCCUUCAGGACACCUGCCGCCUGAAGGACAACAUGGAGCACUUCAUCGUCAGCCACUUGACCCAAACACAUGCCGUGCUGAGGAAAGCAAGGACAAACCUGGAGAAGAGCAAGCCCCAGGGCUCCUCUGUCAAAUCUCCUCCCUCCAUUGGCGCAGGGGAAAUGUCAGUGGGCUUGUCCCGGCACCCGAGCCACGUGAUCCCGGCCCACCAGGAGCAUGGAAGGAAGAGGAGCCGCCCCCACACCCUAAAGUGGCAGGAGGACCAGAGCUGGCCCUGCUUUGUUCACCUUCCCAGCUCCUGAGCCCCAAGCCUGGCUGAAACGGCUCCUGGGCAGGGCUCAGCAAGAACUGCUGUGCCCCCACGGCGAACCCACCCUGGCACUGAACCCCUCUGCAUGGAAGCUAGCCGUAAACUGUAUUAGGCUUGGCCCCUGGGCUAGCACCAGCCCUGUCUGGUACCACACUGCCAGGGAGCCAUACUCGUUUGAUUAAUCACUGCUAG